AUGAACACAUCUGCUCGUUUACCAGCGUACCUCCGAAGAUGUUUAACCAGGGCCCAAGUUUUGGAGCAAACAGAAUGCAUCAUGGACUUUCUACUUAGAGACUUAUUAGGCGCACCUACAAAGGUGACUAACCGGGACCUAUGUGAACCUGAACUUGAAACAGAUUCAGCAGAGGCUUGCUCUUUUGACGUGGCCAUCAUUGCUGGUCGCCUUCGGAUGUUGGGGGACGAGUUCAAUGGAGAACUGGAAGCUUCUGCCAGAAGUGUCAUUGCAGAAACUGCUCGGGGACAGGUAGGAGCUGUCCUUCAGAACACAGUAAAAUCUCUCAGCAAGGCCUGGUGUGCUCAGAAUUCCAGCUUAGCCUAUGAGAGAGCCUUUUUGGCAGUUUCAGUGAAACUGCUUGAAUGUGUGGUCCGCCUAGCUCCAGAAAUGGCAAGACAGGUGGCAACCCCGAUGAUAGAUAUGAUCAAUGGGAAUGGCGCCAUCCGGGAGUUCAUCCAGGGCCAGGGAGGUUGGGAAAAUCUGGAGAGCUGAAGAAGAGGCGGAGCUCCAUCCCAGCCUGAACAUCGCUUCCUCUCUGACUGAUCAGGUGACUGAUUUCUGGCAAUUACAACAGAAACAAGCAAAUCAAAAAUCACUUUCUUUUGGACACAACUGAACUUAGUUGGAUAAUUUAUUUCCUAUCAAUAAAGUUGGGAGGAGCUUCGAGAGGUCCACAGAGAUUUUGUA